UACCCGGACAUCUUAGCGGUUGCACAGGUCCCCUGAAUUCGUUUCGGCACGCCAUUGUGGGAAAUAGUUACUUUCACACCACUGACUCCUCGCUGAGAGCGUACCUUCCAAGCCGAGUCAUCCCGAGUGAAAUAAAGAACGAAAUAGCUACCCCACAAUGGCCACGGACUCCUGGGCACAAGCAGUAGACGAGCAAGAAGCCGCGGCGGAAUCGAUCGGUAGCCUCCAAAUAAAGGACAAGCCAGAGGAAAAUGGAACUGCUGUGAAAGCAACAGACUCCAGCAGCGCUGCUGUCAGCUCAGAAGUUGCUGUAGAAAAAAAGGCAACCGAUGACGAUGACAACGACAAAGAUGACAAAGCGGCACAGUCGUUAUUGAACAAGCUCAUCCGGAAUAAUCUGGUCAAUAACACAAAUCAAGUGGAAGUUCUUCAGAAGGAUCCCAACUCUCCGCUCUACUCUGUUAAAUCCUUCGAGGAGUUGCGACUCAAACCGCAGCUGCUUCAGGGCGUGUACGGCUUGGGUUUCAACAGACCAUCCAAAAUCCAGGAGACUGCCUUACCUAUGAUGCUGGCUGAACCUCCACAGAAUCUGAUUGCUCAGUCACAGUCGGGAACAGGGAAAACUGCAGCUUUUGUCCUGGCAAUGCUCAGUCAUGUAGAUCCAAACAAAAGAUAUCCCCAGUGCCUGUGUGUGUCACCCACCUAUGAACUGGCCCUUCAGACAGGCAAGGUAAUCGAGCUCAUGGGCAAACACUAUCCUGAGGUCAGACUAGUCUACGCCAUCAGAGGAAACAAAUUGCAGCGGGGCGUGAAGCUGGAGGAACAGAUCGUUAUUGGCACACCAGGUACCAUGCUGGACUGGUGCGGUAAAUUCAAGUUCAUAGACCCCAAGAAGAUAAAGGUGUUUGUGCUCGACGAGGCUGAUGUCAUGAUCGCAACACAGGGCCACCAGGACCAGAGCAUCCGCAUCCAAAGGAUGCUGCCUAAAAACUGCCAGAUGUUGUUGUUCUCAGCCACAUUUGAAGAGACUGUGUGGAACUUUGCCCAGCGCAUUGUGCCUGAACCCAACAUCAUCAAGUUGAAGAGGGAGGAGGAGACGCUGGAUACAAUCAAACAGUACUUUGUGUUGUGUAACAGCAGGGAGGAGAAGUUCCAAGCGCUCUGUAACAUCUACGGAGCUAUCACCAUCGCCCAGGCCAUGAUCUUCUGCCAUACAAGGAAGACUGCUGGCUGGCUUGCUGGGGAGCUGUCCAGAGAGGGCCACCAGGUGGCGCUGCUCAGUGGGGAGAUGCAAGUGGAGCAGAGGGCUGCUGUCAUCGACCGCUUCAGAGAUGGCAAGGAGAAAGUCCUGGUCACCACAAAUGUUUGUGCCAGAGGCAUUGAUGUGGAGCAGGUUUCUGUGGUGAUCAACUUUGACUUGCCAGUAGACAAGGAUGGUAACCCAGACAACGAGACGUACCUGCACAGGAUUGGUCGCACGGGUCGAUUUGGCAAAAGGGGACUGGCCAUCAACAUGGUGGACAGCAAGAUGAGCAUGAACAUCCUCAACAGGAUCCAGGAGCAUUUCAGUAAGAAAAUUGAGAGACUAGACACAGAUGACCUGGACGAAAUCGAGAAGAUUGCCGGCUAAACAGAACGAUUCUAAGGACUUAAAGCUCCUACGGUGUUUUAUGCUUUUAUUUUUUUAGCUGUCUGGAGAAAAGGGCAAAACUACGAACACGGCAUAUGAUCGCACGUGGAUGCGUGUCCUCUCAGACGAGUGUUUUGUAUGUCUCUGGAACAUACCCCAUUUCACUCUUUGUACUUCUUUGAAUAAAGUCUAUCAGUUUAUUGCUGUGUAUUGUGUUGCUACCAAAGUAGCCAUGGUUGACUAGCUAUUACAACAAUUAUUACUAUAGUUACAAGGAAUGAAAAUCAUGUGUGCCACUUUUUUAUUUUUCAAAAAGGAGCAAAGUAAAUUGAAUGUACCUGUUUCAUUUAGAGUAUCACUACCAAACCUCAGUACAAAGGGUGAAGUUGGGUAUGCUGCCCUGAGCAGUAGUUUUAUCUCUUAAGAUUGUUAUUGAGGUGGUGAUGGUUGGGUUUCAAGGGUCUAUGCAAAACUUAUCAACCUGUAAUAGCAUUCUCAAAUACUAUCAACCUCCAUUUACAUGUCAAAUUAAUCCUGAAUUAACCUCAGCAUCAGGUCGUGAUAUUACACUCCCAAGUAAUGACAUUUAGAUGUUUGUUUCUAAGCAGUAAUCAAUCAUCAGACACCAUGCAUCUCACACGCAUGUUGUUUAGAUCUUUUUAUAGACAUUAUGGCUGUUAUCAGGACCAGCUUUGCGCCACUGCUAAGCUUUAAUCAUUUGUUGUCUAUGUCCUUCAUCUUUAACUGAAAAUGUGUCCAUUACCGUUUGAUUUGAUCAGUUUCCCUUCGUCUCACAGUCCCACCCAGUCUGUUAAUCAGGGUCACCAGUUUGACGAGCUCAGACGCUUUGUUCACACAGACUGGAUAUCAAGGAUUGUGAGUUAAAGUAACAAUGCCUUCCUCUAGUGCAUUAUAUAUAUGUGUAUAUACAUAGACACAUGAUUUUGUUUCGGAGACAUUGGGCUUACUAUUCUGACUAACGCUUGAAAUUUUGAUUAUAUGUAGAAUCAUGAGUGUUUUCAGGAUGUAUGAAUUAUGAAACCAACUGCUGAAUUGACCUGAGGACCUACGCCAAUCAGAUUCGCUGUUUCUCCAACAUGGUCACACGGAUAGAAAACAUGUAAUUGUGUACAUGUUUACAAAAAACAACAACAUAUAGGUCAAAUAGUGACUGAAAGAUUACAUUUGUCACUUCUAAGAAGUGCUAAAACAUUCCUCAUGAGGUUCAAUUUUGACAGAAGCAGCAUUUUGAAUACAAGCCUGAACAUAUUUACCUUGCAUUCGAGGACUAUAACGCACGAUGGAAGCUUUGGGUUGUCUGGUGUAUUUGAUCGAUGUGCUGGAACGUUAAGGGCAGCGAUCGGUCAGUCUGACCCUCAUCGGGCUCCCGAUGCCACAGAGAUGAAGUCCGGUUUUAAUGGACUGUUUACAGACAACUUAGCCAAACUAGAAACAAGUGAGUGUGCUGAAGAUCCACGAGAACCCUCUGCGAAGAGAACCAAUGUAUGCAGUUUUAUUUGGACAGUUGGAUGUACACAUUACCACUGUACCAUGGUCACACAAAGCAGUUUUAGCUAUCGUACUCUUCUCCACAUGUUGUAUACUGUGUUUGAUAUUUGUCAGAACCAACCAAGACCCAGUUCAUACAUGUACACAUAGGAGUACCACUGCCCUACUAGGCUCAGAGCGACUUGUCUUUUGUAAAAUGAAGGUCCCGUGUAGACAAUGACAGGUUCAAGGUGUGUGGUAUUCUGUAGCUGAGCUGCGUUCAUGGACACAGUUAUGUAUUCUUAACAUGUUGAAUUAAAAGAACAUGUAGAUGUUCA